AUGGCGGCGGGGCCGGCGCCGCUGCCGCUGCCGAUGCUGCUGCCGCUGCUGCUGCCGCUGCUGCUGCUGCUGCCGCCCCUGCUGCUGGAGCCGGCGGGCGCCGUGUGGCCGCAGCCCCAGCUGCAGCGCUCCGCGCCGGGCGGCGGCCGCUGCCCGCUGCCUCCCCGCCGCUUCCGCUUCGCCUACGCCGCCGGCUCGGCCGUGGGGCCGGGCUGCGCCGUGCUGGAGGCGGCCUUCCAGCGCUACUGGGCGCUGCUCUUCGCGGCCGCCCGCCCGACCGAGAAUGAGCCUCCCUGGGAGACACCCUGCACUCAGCUCCUCGUCUCUGUUGCCACCCCAGGCUGUGAUGGCUUUCCCAGCCUGGACUCCAAGGAGAGCUAUCAGCUCUCUGUCUCGGAAGGCUCCAUGCUGCUCUCUGCGGACACCGUCUGGGGAGCUCUCAGAGGCCUGGAAACCUUCAGCCAGCUGGUUGGGAGAGAUGAGAACGGCAUGUACUACAUCAACCAGACAGAAAUUGUGGACUUCCCUCGCUUCCCUCACCGGGGCCUGUUGCUGGACACCUCUCGUCACUACCUGCCCCUGAGAGCCAUCCUGGAGACUCUGGAUGUCAUGGCUUACAACAAGUUCAACGUGUUCCACUGGCACAUUGUGGAUGACCCAUCCUUCCCCUACGAGAGCUCAACCUUCCCAGAGCUCAGCAAGCAGGGAGCCUUCAACGCCGUGACUCACACCUACAGCGCCAGCGACGUGCGGAGGGUGCUGGAGCACGCCCGGCUGCGCGGCAUCAGGGUGCUGCCCGAGUUCGACACUCCCGGACACAGCCUCUCCUGGGGCCCCGGUGCUCCAGGCCUCCUGACUCCCUGCUAUUUGGGCAAGAGUCCUUCUGGGACCUAUGGGCCCAUCAACCCCAUCCUUAACAGCACCUAUGAGUUUGUGAGCAGCUUGUUCAAGGAGGUCAGCACCGUGUUCCCAGACUUCUUUCUGCACCUUGGUGGUGAUGAGGUGGACUUCACAUGCUGGAAAUCCAAUCCCCAAAUCAGUGCUUUCAUGAAGGAGAUGGGCUUUGGGGAAGACUACAAGAAACUGGAGUCAUACUACAUCCAGAGGCUUCUGGACAUCGUCUCUUCCAUUGGCAAAGGUUCCAUAGUGUGGCAGGAGGUGUUUGAUAAUGGGGUGAAGGUGAGGCCAGACACCAUCAUCCACGUGUGGAAGGAGAGCUCCCCGCCCUACCUGGAGGAGCUGGCCAAUGUCACCAGGGCAGGCUACCCAGCCCUGCUCUCUGCCCCCUGGUACCUCAACCGCAUCUCCUACGGGCAGGACUGGAUGGCAGCCUACCAGGUGGAGCCCUUGAAGUUUGAAGGCAGCCCUGAGCAGAAGGAUCGGGUGCUCGGCGGAGAGGCCUGCAUGUGGGGAGAGUAUGUGGACGUCACUAACCUCACCCCCAGGCUCUGGCCGAGAGCCGGGGCGGUAGCCGAGCGGCUGUGGAGCAACGCAACCGUCAGGGACCUGCAGGACGCCUACCUGCGGCUGGCCGACUUCCGCUGCAAGCUCCUGGGGCGUGGUGUCCAGGCACAGCCUCUCUACACAGGAUACUGUGAACAUGAAUUUGGUGGGUUCUGAGGGGAGGGUCCCUCUGCCCUUGGGUGCUGUGCACACAGGAGGAACCAUUCCCCCUCUCUCCGGAGCUGCUGGCCUCCCAGAGGGGCCCUUCCCACCUCCCCACCCCCAGCUCCUGCUCUGCUUUGAUGAACUUUUUUUCUCCCCAUGGUGUGCACUCUUCACCUCUUUUUCUGUCUUUAUGUCUUUAAAUCUAUAAAUAAAUGACCCCAGAGAGGGAAAAGGUGCUGCCUUUGCAUGCUCAGCUGGGGCUGGGGAGACUGUGCCAGGGCUACUGUGAGCAGGAGAUGGGUAGGCCUUGCUCCAGAGAGAAGCAUCCUUGCUCUUGGAGAAGCAUCCUUUGGCUCUGGUGCUUGCUGGGUGUCUGCUCAGCUGGAGGAACUGUGUUUAGCCUCUGCUGCUGUCUCAGGAUCCGUCCCUGCAGAGAGAUGAUGAGGUGUGAGUGCUCCUCCAGUGUUCCUGCCUUCACUUCUCAGUGUCCACACCUGAUCGUGCCAGGAGGCUACCGUGUGGUGACCUUAGUUGUGCUUCUGGGGCCUUCCAUGCAGCAGCCUGGCUCAGCAUUGUGGUAGUGCUGUCCUUGUCUCUGUCUCCCCUCUCCUGCCUGCAAGCCAUCAUCUCUGCUGCCCCAAACCUUGGCUGCUGCCACCUCCUCCUCUGGGUUCUCCACAGAAGAAGAAACCCUGAAGCCUGUCCAAGGAGACUUCAAACCCAUUGAGCUGAGCAUGAUGGGGAUGUUACAGA